GUAGAGGGGUUAUUUAUUAGAGCAAUCAUCUUAUUCAAUGCUCCUCAACUCCAAAAAUACAAGGCAUUAAAAUCCUUAGCUGAAAGGCCAGAGGCAAGAAGUUGGUGAUGAUAAUUGCUAACAUUGGGCUCGCCUGGCUUCAAUCUCUGCGCCACGACCCUUUUUGUUCUCUCCAUACUGAUUAGCUUCUUCCUUAGCCAAACCGGAACAGAAGCUGCUCCAAUUUACGUCUACCAUGUCUGCCCAAACACAACCACUUUCACCGCCAACCGCACCUACCAAUCCAACCUCAAUCGCCUCCUCGCCUCCCUCACCUCCAACGCCAACCGCAGCACGGGGUUCUACAACACCACAGUGUCGUCCGGGAACUCCGUCGACACGGUCUACGGCCUCUUCCUCUGCCGGGGCGAUCUCACUGCCAACGCCUGCCGAGACUGCGCUGCCUAUGCAACCAAAGACGUGGUGGAUCGCUGCCCCAAUGAGAAAGUGGCCGUGGCUGGGUACGACGAGUGUAUGUUACGGUGCUCAAAUCAGGCUAUCUUCUCCCGCAUGGUCACCGACCCUAAAAUUCUCCUGACGAACGUACAGAAAAUAUCGGAGCAAAACCGGUUUGCCCUGCUGGUGAGGACAACGAUGAACGAUUUGGCAAGUGAGGUUUCAAAUGUUGGGUCUGGGGCCAAGAAGUUUGGGACAAAAGAAGCGAAUUUCACAGCGUUGCAAACGCUGUACACCCUUGCCCAGUGCACGCCGGACCUGUCGGGUUCCGAUUGCAAUAGGUGUCUCCAGAUAGCGAUAUCGAAUGUGGUGGAUUGUUGCGGGGGAAAGCUAGGGGCCAGAGCUCUGUUUCCUAGCUGUAACGCUAGGUUUGAAACUCUCCAGUUUUACCAGUCAGUAGCAACUGUUCCUCCACCUCCUGGAUCAGUAGCAGCACCAGUUCCUCCACCUCCUGGAUCAGUAUCAACACCCAAAGGAAAAGAUACGAUCUCAGCGUUGACAAUUGUUGCCAUUGUCGUUCCGAUUUCUGUCUCAAUUGUGCUAUUUGUUAUCGGCUACUGCUUUGUAAUUAAUAGGAGAGCAAGAAAAAAGUACAAUGCUAUGCAGCAAGAGAACGGUAUAGUUUUUUCCUUUUUAUUUAUUUUAUUUUUUUUAAGGAUAUAUUUGGCGUUGAAAAUCAACAUAGAUGAAUACGAUUACAUUAUGAGCAAGCCAAAAACAAUUGAUGCAUUUUUUAAGAAAAAAGAUGCUGAUUCAAAUACUAGAAUGUCUUCAUCGACAUCAAAUCCUCAAACUUUAGCUCCUGAGCAACACCCUUCUAAGAUGCCAAGAAUUGAAUCUCAAAUAGUUGAGUCAUUUGACAUUUCUACUCUACAACAUGAUCCCGGGUUACGUCCUCAAAUAUGGGAAUAUCCUGUUAAUCAACAUGAUGAAAUUAGAUGUGCUUAUCUUAAAGUCGGUCCGAAUAGGUUCAUUCCUUCUAGUAGUUCUGGAUAUCCGUUUUCGGGAACUGAAAAAAACCGCCGAAGAUUUCAAUCAUCUUGGUUUAAGAUGUUUGAUUGGUUAGAAUAUUCUGAGAACAAAGAUGCUGCUUAUUGUUUACCCUGCUUUCUUUUUGCUAAAAAGCCAACGGGACGGUUUGGAGGUAGUGCAUUUACUAUUGAAGGAUUUCGCAAUUGGAAGAAAGUUAAUGAUGGCACACAUUGUUCUUUUUUGGUCCACAUGGGAAAUGGGCCAUGUUCACCUCAUAAUAAUGCUGUUAAGUGUUGUGACAAUUUGAAGAAUCAAUCUCAACAUAUUGAUAAGGUGAUAGAUAAGCAAACUUCGGAAGAAAAAUUGAACAAUCGAUUGCGAUUGAAGACUUCAAUCGAAUCUAUUCGGUAUUUAGCAUAUCAAGGAUGUCCUUAUAGAGGUCACGAUGAAGGUCCCGAUUCUAAAAAUCGCGGCAAUUUUCUUGAGUUGAUAAAACUUGUGUCCAAUUUCAACGAUGAUGUUGCUAAGGUUGUUUUAGAAAAUGCUCCACAAAAUGCAAAAUAUACUUCACCUCAAGUCCAAAAAGAUAUUUUACAUGUCUUGGCAAAAAGAGUGCGAGAUGCAAUUUGUGAAGAAAUUGGUGAUUCAAAAUUUUGCAUUAUUGUUGAUGAGGCACGAGAUGAGUCUAAGAGAGAACAAAUGGCUAUUGUUUUGAGAUUUGUUAACAAAGAUGGUUUUAUACAAGAACGCUUCUUUGAUAUUGUCCAAGUUAAAGAUACAUCUGCAUUGACUUUAAAGGAUAAAAUAUCUGAUGUUCUUUCUCAAAAUUGUCUUGAUAUUCAAAGUAUUCGUGGACAAGGGUAUGAUGGUGCUAGCAAUAUGCGUGGUGAAUGGAAAGGAUUGCAAGCAUUAUUUCUUAAUGAAUGUUCUUGUGCAUACUAUGUUCAUUGUUUUGCACAUCGAUUACAAUUAGCAUUAGUUGCUGCAUCUCGAGAGGUAACGGUUGUUCAUGAUUUCUUCUCAAAUUUGAAUUUCAUUAUUAAUGUGGUUAGUUCUUCAUGUAAACGUCAUCGUGAUUUGCAAGAUGCUCAAGAAGCAGAUAUUGCAUAUUUGAUAGCUAUUGAGGAACUUGAAACUGGAAAAGGAGCUAACCAAAUUGGCACUUUGAAACGAGCUGGUGAUUCUCGUUGGGGUUCUCAUUUUUAUUCUAUUUGUAGCCUACUAAGGCUGUUUAAUCCUGCUUGUUCAGUGCUUGAGAAGAUUAUAAAAGAAGGAUCCACUUACUCUCAACGUGGGGAUGCUGAAGCUGCUUAUGAAAUGAUUACAUCAUUCAGAUUUAUAUUCAUUUUACAUUUGAUGAGGGAAAUCAUGGGUACCACUGAUUGUCUUUGUCAACAUUUGCAACAAAAAUCUCAAGACAUCUUGAAUGCUAUGCAAUUAGUUUCUAAUACAAAAGUACUCCUCCAAAAAUUGAGAAAUGAAGAUUGGGAUAAUUUUCUUGAGAAAGUAGUCUCUUUCUCUAAGAAAUUUGAAAUAGACAUUCCAGAUUUUGGUGCUCGUUAUGUUAAAGGCCGAGGUCGUCUUCCACGGGAUCACAUUACGGUGGAACAUUAUUAUCAUUUUGAUGUAUUCAAUGCUGCUAUAGACUAUCAAUUGCAAGAGCUUGAUUGUAGAUUUGGUGAAAGGGCAAUGGAACUCUUGACACUUAGUUCAGCUUUGGAUCCAAAUGAUGCUUAUAAAUCAUUUAAUAUUGAUGAUAUAUGUAGUCUUGCAGAAAAGUACUAUUCUCUUGAUUUUUCUGAGCAGGAAAAAAUUAUUUUGAGAUUUCAGUUGAAGCAUUUUGAAGUUGAUAUGCUUAAUCAUCCGAAACUACAAAAAUUGUCUUCCAUUGCGGAAUUAUGUCGAGGAUUGAUAGAGGCAGGAAAAUCAGAUACAUAUUAUCUUAUUGAUAGAUUGGUUCGUCUUGUUUUAACUCUUCCAGUGUCUACAGCAACUACCGAACGAGCAUUUUCAGCAAUGAAAAUUGUUAAAACAAGACUUCGUAACAAAAUGGAAGAUGAGUUUCUUGGAGAUAGUUUACUUAUCUACAUUGAAAGAGAAAUUGCUAAAAGCUUCGAUUCAGAUUUGAUACUUGAAGAUUUUGUUUCUCUAAGACCUCGUAGAAUGCAAUUUUAG